UGUUGAGCAAAUAUGGAGACGUCCAUCCAGGUGCCCAAGGAGCUGGAGUCGCUGCUGACCUGCGGCCUGUGCAAUCGUGUCUAUGAUCUGGCCACUAACGUGCUGCCCAGGGAGCUGAUCUGCCGACACAGCUACUGCGAGGAGUGCCUGACCAGAAGCACCCUCUACGACCCGACGCAGUGCAUCUGUCCACUGUGCGGAAUGCGCACAGAGUUAUAUGGCCAGAAGCUGCCGGAAUCGGUAGCCAUCAUGUACCUACUCCGUGAGCUGCCCGCUUUGGUUUUGGGCCGUGCCAUGUUGGAUUUCUCGGAGGGCAAUAGCCAAUCCAUCGAAGUGACUGGCGAGCAACCAGAGUCGCAGUCGGAGAACUGGCUGGACGAGAUCUGUGUGGACAGCUUCUUGGCCAACAGUGCCGAGCACUGUUUCAUCCAUGCCAUGCCCAACUCCACUUGGUGUCACGAUUGCCAGCGUUUGCUGUGCCGCGCCUGCUCGGAUGCCCCCACUCAUCGUGAGCAUCGACUGACCCACCAGUUGGACUACCAUGAGCUUCUGCGCCAACUGCUCGACUCGGAGCUGGCCAAGAUCAAGGGAACUGCUUUGCAGGCCACCGAAUUGGCCAACCGCGAGAUGGAUCUGCUGCGUCAAAUGUGCGAGGCCUGCUUUCACGUUCAACUGCAUGUGAAGCGCAUGAUGCUGGAGCACGAGCCCAGCUUGGUUUCGGCCACAAUGACCGGUUGGCAGCGACGCGCCGAACAGGAGCUAAAUAGAUCCGUUGGAAAUCUCACUGGAGCCAGUUUGCUACAAGUACUCGCUCAGUUGACCCAACAACGCAGCAAAUUCGAGGUGCAGCUGGUGGAGGUGCACUUUCAAUGCAGAAUGCGUGCCGCAGUCCAGGAGAACGGCAUGCAGAUCCUGGAUUUCGAGCAUCUAAACGACAGGAUCCUGCGACUGCGCAAUCAGCCACGUCCCGGCCCCAUUCCCGCCAAUGUGGAGCCACCUCAGGCUUUGAUCCUCACCAACUACUGUGUGUUUGCCUACUGGAACGCGGUGCAACGCCAGAUGAUUCCUCCGCGCGUGAGGACUCUGCCACCGGAGCCUGAAUUGUUGCCGCAAUCCGGCAGAGCCGUGGUGCCACCGCACUUCAAUCACAGCCUGCAGGAGGCAGAGCUUAGCCAGCAAAUGCAGCAGAUUGAACAGGAUCAGGAUCGCUUAAUUAAUGCGGCCGCCGAGGAGGAUUCACCUGGCUCCUCCUACUCGCAGAGCAGCAGCAAUAGCGACAGUCAGAGCAGCUUGUCCGCGGGACCGCAAGUAUACACUUAUGUUUUAGUUCCAGGUCAGCAUGGAAUGGUGCCACAAUUUCAGGAACAAAUGUGGCAAGGGCCAUAUGAGGUGCAGGAACAACCACCACCACUGUUGCAGCCUCAGUUUCAAGCGGACAACGCCUGGUUGAACGGGCAGCAGAACCAGAACCAGAACCAGAACCACAAUCAUGUCCAAUCCCCGCCGGUGGGCAUUGUGGGUCAGCCCUCCGCCCACUUUUAUCCCAUCUACUUUUUGGACAUGGAGAUAGCAGGCGAACUGGCCGGACGCGUACUGAUCGAGGUGCGAUGGGAUGUCGCUCCCCGGAUGGCGGAAAACUUUGGGGCGCUGGUGCGGCACGAACGGGGCUAUGGCUACCGGGGAUGCGCCGUUUUCCAGGCCUGGGGACGCGAGAGCAUCAUCACUGGGGACUUCGAGACGCACAAUGGACGCGGCGGACACUCGGCCUUUGAGAAUAGAUACUUUAUGCCGGAUGAGACAGGAUUACCGGCACGGCGCGGCACAGUGGGCAUGCGAAGGGGACAGAGGCGACAGGACAGAAGUGGAUUGGUGGGCAGUCAAUUCCGGUUGGUGCUCAACGAGAUGCGUUCCUUCACAGCCAUCUUUGGUUACAUUGUGCAGGGCAUCGAGUUGGUGGACAGGAUCGCAGCCAGUGGCAAUGCUUUGGGUCGACCUUCCCUGAGGAGCAUCAUCCGCGAUUGUGGCGAAUACCAUUUAAACAAUUAAAAACGAGGGGGACUGACUGAUCCACUGGCCAAAUUCAAUUCCCUUUGAAAGCCCACAAACACUAACCACCUGCACUACUCUUGCUACGAAUUUUUGUAACAACGAACACCCCUCGGAAUUAUUUUUACAAAGCAUACAAUGAGAGCCAGUGACGGAAGCCAAUUGUUUUUGUAACACACAGACUAAUGAAAUUUUUAUAAACAAUUUACAAAUCGAACAAACGUUUUGGAGGUUAUUUAAAAAAAUAUAAAAAAGAAAAAAACUA